AUGCCGCGAAGAUUAUCAACUGAGGACUUGCGACGAAUACUGGAAGAAAGUGACUAUGAAUUGAGUAACGAUGACACGGAUUCGAACGGCGGCGAUAGCGAUGUACAAGACGCGCCAGAUCCUGAUAUUUCAGAUCAAGAACCGAGUAUUUUUGCAGAUGACGAUAUCGAUGAUCCGGAUUUUGAACCAGGUGAGAUUUCCCGCUCAAACAUUGUAACCGAUGACAUUGGUAGUGAUUCACCAGCUGAUAAUUUAUCCGAUAUCGUCAUAAAUUCACCUCGGCCAGAAACGAGCAGAAGGUGGACUGCUGGUGAGAUCAUGCGGCUUACUCUGCAAGAAAUAAAUGAUAUAGAUAGAGAAAAUGGCUGGAGUCAGGACAUCUUACCACUGUCACGUCAACCUUAUAAUAACAGCCCAACUAUUCAUAUCCAAGGUGAACAAUCUGUUGUUUCCAUUUAUUGA